GCUCCUGUAACUUAUUGUAUAGACACGCUCAUACGUGACCAGGCCCCCUGCCACUUUUCCCACGAGUGUCUGAAAAUUGACCCAGAAUGCUCCUCUGACGACCGACUGCGCCUUAGUCAGGCCAAACCGGCACUGCGUAUAAAUGCCGACUAUGUCUUGGAACCGCGUGGAUGGCUUCGAGGGGAACGAGACUCGUUUGGGAGCGACGUCGCUAGGCCGAAAUUCCACAGAGAAGGUGCCGGUGCUCUCUGAUAUCGAUUACCAGUACAGCGACUACUACAAGCCGAAAACGCGCUCGAGCAAGGAGCUACAAGCCGACGACCUGGAGCUGGUGGAUUUGCGUGAUGGCGAUGGUAUGCGAGCAUUCCAGGAUGAGCAGCACCACACUCAAAUGCGGAAGAGAAAGCAAUGGGUUAUUCUGCCGGACUCCAGGUUCAGGAAGAUGUGGAUAAACGUCCAGCUGUUCGUGGUGCUGUACAUCAUCUGGGUUACGCCCGUGCGCGUGGGCUUUGACAAGCCCGCCACGGGCUUCUGGUUCUGGUUCGAGGGCCUGAUCGACUUCUUCUUCUACACAGACCUGGUGCUCAACUUCUUCACAGCCUACGAGCACCCGGUCACGGGCGAGCUGAUCACCAACCACAAGAAGAUCGCGCUGCGCUACCUGCGCACCUGGUUCGUGGUGGACCUGCUCGCCACCUUCCCAAGCGACUACGUCAUUCGCGGCAUCGAGGGCACGUGGGGCUGCAGCAUCAGCGGCAACUGCGACCUGAUCAUCACCAACGACUCCGCCGCCAGCCUCAUCGUCAUGCUGCGCCUGCUGCGCAUCUUCCGCAUCCUGUGGAUCUUCAAGAACUUCAACGUGCUGUCCAUCAGCACCGUGCUGGGCAAGAUCCAGGACGAGUUCUACGCGGCACGCUGGGUGGUGUCUCUGCUGGAGCUGUUGAUCGUGCUUGUGUACCUGGGCCACCUGUCCGGCUGCUUCUUCUACCUCUUCAGCGGACCGCGGUGGUACACCAACGAGGAACGGCGGCUGAUCAAUGAGGGCGAGCUGACCACGUGGGUGAUGGACAAGAUGGGCGGCUACUACCAGGUGGUCAUGCCCAAUCGCAUAGACCUGGCGCCCGACGGCACGAAGCCCACGCCCUCGGACCUCAUCGCGCAGGACCCCGCCACGGGCUACUGGUACAUGUGCCCCGACUUCUACUUCAUGGUGGCCUGCCCCAAGUGCGACCAGCUGCCGCAGCUGCGCUGCAAGACAGACUUCAGCUUCCCAUACCGCUACAUCACCUCCAUGUACUGGGCCUACACCACCAUGACCACCGUGGGGUACGGAGACAUCUACGGCACCACCAUCGCGGAGAAGAUCUGGUGCAUGUUCACCAUGGUCAUCGGCGGCUUCUUCCUGUCCUUCUGCUUCGGUCGCAUGGCGUCCAUCGUCAGCCGCCUGGAUGCAGACAAGGUGGCCCGCGGCGAGCAGCUACACGAGCUGUCGGCCUUCAUGAAGGAUGUGGAGCUGCCCCGGCCGCUGGCGCGCAAGGUGCUUACCUACUUCAAGAAGCAGAAGGUCCGCGCCUACGACCGCCAGGCGGUGCUGGCGCGGCUGCCCUUCGAGCUGCGCGCCAAGAUCCUGCGCCACCUAUACCUGCCCACCAUCGCCAACGUGCCGCUGCUGCAGGCCAUGUCAGAGGACGACGUCUUCCUGACGGACCUGUGUGUGCGGCUGCAGCCCACGCACUUCAGCGCCGACACGUUUGUGUACAUGCGCGGCGAGAGCGGCGCGGACGUCUUCAUCCUGCUGCAGGGCGAGCUGCAGGUGCUGGCGGCGGACCAGCGGACGGUGCUGUACGUGGUGCCCGAGGUGACCGUGUUCGGGGAGGGCUCCGUGCUGAGGCAGCUCGCGCAGGAGCAGCAGGCGGCCGUGGCGGCGGACGCGUCGGGCGAGGUGGGCGUGGGCACCGAGGCGGUGGGCACAAAGAUCAAGCGGCGCGAGAACGUGUUCUGCAAGAGCCCCUGCGACAUGCUGCGGCUGCCGGAGGAGGACAUCAAGGACCUGUGCGAGCACUACCCCGCGCUGUGGAGGGGCCUGCGCAAGCUGGACCUGCUGCGCCAGGCGCGCAUCCAGGAGCGGCUGGCGGAGCUCAAGGAGCAGAGCGAGCACAACAAGGACAGCGACGUGGCGGCCCAGGAGACGUCCUCGCUGCUGCGGGGCGCAGGAGGCGCAGCCGCCGGCACGCCGUCGGCGCACGGCGGGCUGGGCCUGGGCAGCAAGGGCGGCGGCGGCCCGCACGCGCACACGCACGGCUCCCACGGGUCGUACGGCACGCUCAUGAUGGCUAACAGUGCGGGUAGUGGCGGGUACGACAGCACGAGCAGCCUUAGCGGCAUGGCAGCCGGGCUGGGCAUUGGCAUGUCGCAGCAGCAGCGACCGGCGGCGCCGGCGUCCGGGACUGCAGCGAGCGCGUUCGCGCAUGCGGCCAUGAACGGCGGUGCGGCGCCGGCGCCGGCGCCGGGCUUGGCGACUGGGGCAUCGCUGAAUGGCCAGUGAGGAGCGUGAGUGACUGGGCCGUGUCGGGGGUCAGGGGUUUGGGGCUUGAGGGUUGGGGUGGUGCUGUGAUGCGCGCAAAGACGAGGGAAGGUGUGGUUGCUGCGUGAGCUUGGGAGCUUGGGAACGUGUGACCAGCCCCUGUGAUUGGGAGGUAGGCGUCAGGCUUGAAGGAGGCGCGAGCGGUUGCGACCAAAAGGAUUUUGGUUGUUACUAGAGUACCUCACGUCAUAGCAUUUAGGCCUGAGGCACCGUUCAUGCUAUGGGCCGUGAUCUGUAACGCAUACUGCAUAGGCCGAUGGAGCGGUACUCAGGUCUUUGCGGUAGAUGCCUCAAUCCGUGAAUUGUGUGGCAGCAAUCUGUAGGCGGGGUCUUGGGCGGGGUCGAGGGGGUUGAGAAUACUGGGCGUCUCGCUCCGCCGCUGAAGCAGGAUUUGGUUGCGUGGUGCUGCACGUGUCAUUCACAUGUCCUGCUGUUGGUGGUGCUGCCGUGUGGGCGCGUGGCUGAUGUAGUUAGCGCCGGCUGUUGACUCUGAUAUACCGUCUCGUGAUGACCUUACUUGGCAUUGCACGCGGGCAUCUGGAGCGCCCUUGUGUCAGGGUAACACGUGGUGGGCUGUACGGCGGUACGUGUAUCCGGAAGCUGGGUGACACACGUCACAGACCAAAUACUGAAGCACUAGAGCGGCCGCCCUGAAGGCACACAUGCGAUUUCGCGUGCGUGCCAGUCCGGGAAUUCGUUCACGGCGAAGUUGGGCGAAGACGUUGGGGAAAUGAAUUGCAGGGCACACCCGUAAGGCACGCCGACCAGAGAGUUGCAGGGCUAAGUGCAGGGACGUGACAUGUGAUGACUGCUAUAUUACAGACUGAUUAAUGCACUCAAGAAAUUAAAAAUUGCAACAGCAGCGCUGGUCUUACCCGGAGGCGAAGUUGGAGUUGGGCUCAGGUGUGACCUGCCUGGAAAGCCCUGAUCCUCCGCGGGUGAAACGCAGGUGAUGAACUUUGACGCACUGCUUCAAAUGCUUAUACGGUGUCUUGCGUUGUGCUGGAAAAUGCCGCCUUCACAGGCGCGGGUGCGCGGAGCAUUGGGCGGCCAGCCCACAUACCAAGAAAAGACGAAGCGACGAGCUAUCACGAUUACUAAUGCAAACGAUGCCACGCACACAAGCAACAUAAAUCGCUUUGCCGGACUGCAUCGAUCCGUGACGCUUGUUGCGCGGCAAUACAUCGUAACAUCGCAG